GAUGAUCCGACUUAUAGGGUCAUCUCUGGGAGGCUUGACCAGGUUGGAGAAGACCGAGGGAAGGCCACGGAACUCUUGGUUGAAGCAAGUCGACCAGAUCUGCCAAGAGUGCUGGGUGUGGGAAGGAAGGCUGCAUGGAGGCUUGCUCGGAGGGACCCCAGGAGUGGUGAGGUGCGUGGCACGGACAACAGAGCCGUUCAUGGUGGAAGUAGGGUUGCACCAGGGGUCGGCACUGAGCCCGUUCGUGUUUGCGAUCAUCAUAGGAAGGAGGCCCCAUGGAGCAUGAUGUUUGCUGAUGAUGUAGUACUUUGUUCCGAAGAGAAGGCAGACCUGGAAGUGGACCUGGAGAGGUGGCACAAUAGAUUGGAGAAGAGAGGAAUGAAAGUGUCAAGAGCAAAGACAGAGUACAUGUGUUUAAAUGGAAGACAAGGAGGGAGCGUACUGAUGGACGACCAACAGCUGCCAGAAGUAACAAAAUUCAAGUAUCUUGGUAGUCUGCUACAAUCGGAUGGAGGUGUCGACAAGGAGAUCAGCAGAAGGAUCCAAUCAGGCUGA